AUGUCGGCCUCUUAUCAGGAACCCGUCUUGCCACGCCCCAGGUUUGAGUAUGUUGAGUCCGAUGAAAACGUUGAGGAAGAAGAAGAGCAUGGAUACAAUUGUCAUGAAAAUCCAGAGGAACAGCGUCUUCGAACUUCGCCUUAUGAGGAACGCCAUCGUGAAGUUACGCGCAGACGUCUCGAGGAAGACAAACGCAGAAAGGAGAUGCAUCGCCAUCGACGUGAGCAGGAGGAAGCUCGUGAACGUGAAGAGAUGGAACACCGACAGCAAGCUGAAUUUGAGGAUGAACAGCAUCGCUUCCAACUGGAGCAGGAAGCUCGUCGCCGUGAGGAGGAGGAAGAGGCAGAACGCCGUCAGCGUCAAGUGGUGGAGGACAAUCGCAUCUCAAAAGCCGCCGACGAGCAACGUGCAAGGCAGGAGGAGGCAAGAGAGGAUGUGCGUCGAAGGAACGCAGAGCUUGAGGCACAGCUGAAGAUGGCUCGCAUCCAGGCAAAGAAGGCUGCUGAACAAGAGCACAGAGAUCAAGACAGACACAAAAGGAAGGAAGCGUGGUUGGGAAAGAAGGCAAGCCAGCCGCCUGCAAAGCGUAAAGCAUUCAAGUUGGUGCCGACAACCAGUGAUGAGUUUGCUACAUCUCGAUCCUCAGGUUUCGACGUGGCCUCGGAUGAGCUUUUGGAGCCUCGCCGCCCACAACUGUCUGCUUCUGCUCCACGUCGUUCCGGUGUCCCUGCUCCACAUGGAUCUGGACAGCCCUCGCAUUCAGCAAAUCACCAACGCCUUCCCUUUCGAAGGCCUCAGUCAGCGCACCCUUCCGGCACUCCGCAAUCUGCACGCCGCAAGUCACAGCCUCGAGACCGUACCUAUGCUAUUAUCCUCGGUGAUCGGCUCCCUUCCUCCCAUUCAGUCACUUCCAUCGCAUCAAGCACUUCCAUCGCAUCAAGCAAAUCGGACAAAUCACUUAUCAACUAUGCGUCUCUUGGUGGUAAACCUUUGUCCAACUCUGGUCUGUCAGUGUCACGACGCCCUGUUGGAUUGGCACGGCCUGGUGCCAAGCCCCCCCACUCUUCCAAGCCCCACCUCCCUCUACCUUCUCGUCAGGCAAUGACAGCAUCUAGCACCCAGGCGCGUAUGGCAGCAGUGACGGCUUUCGAGAACGAUGCGAAAGCCAGGUUCUUGGAGAAAGAGGGGGCUAAGUAUCAGCAGCAGGAUGGAGAUGACGAUGAUCCCUUUGCUCAUGAAGAAUCCCGGGUGUCUUCGCGCCCUAUUUCUCAAGUCUCCUCUGGCACCUCUGUGGUCGGGCGUAUAGCUCCGCCAGUCUCAGCUGUCAUUACCUCAAGUCAAAUAUCCAUCCAUCGCAAACCCAAGAAAGUUAAACGCCAAUCCCACCUUCGCCAGGUUGUUGUGGAGGACUCGGAGGUGGAGCUAGAUCUCGGGGAGGACUAA